AUGUCAAGGCUGUGUACUAAACAACGACAGACCGACUCCCGCACGGACCAGACUGACUCCCACACGUACCAGACCGACUCCAACACGUACCAGACCGACUCCCACACAUACCAGACCGACUCCAACAGGUAUCAGACCGACUCCAACACGUACCGGACCGACUCCCACACGUACCAGACCGACACCAACACAUACCAGACCGACUCCAACACGUACCAGACCGACUCCAACACGUACCAGUCCGAACUCAACACGUACCAGAUCGACUCCCACACGUACCAGUCCGAACUCAACACGUACCAGACCGACUCCCACACGUACCAGACCGACUCCAACACGUACCAGACCGACUCCAACACGCACCAGACCGACUCCCACACGUACCAGACCGACUCCCACACAUACCAGAUCGACUCCCACACGUACCAGACCGACUCCAACACGUACCAGACCGACUCUCGCACGUACCAGACCGACUCCAACACGUACCAGACCGACUCCGACACAUACCAGACCGUCUCCAACACGUACCAGACCGACUUCCACACCUACCAGACCGACUCCCGCCCGUACCAGACCGACUCCAACACGUACCAGACCGACUCCCGCACGUACCAGACUGACUCCCACACGUACCAGACCGACUCCCGCACACCGACUCCCAACACGUACCAGACCGACUCCCACACGUACCAGACCGACUCCCGUACGUACCAGACCGACUUCCACACGUACCAGACCGACUCCCACACGUACCAGACCGACUCCCACACAUACCAGACCGACUCCCACACGUACCAGACCGACUCCCACACAUACCAGACCGACUUCCACACGUACCAGACCGCCUCCCACACGUACCAGACCGACUCCAACACGUACCGGACCGACUCCCACACAUACCAGACCGACUUCAACACGUACCAGACCGCCUCCCACACGUACCAGACCGACUCCAACACGUACCAGACCGACUCCCACACGUACCAGACCGACUCCCACACGUACCAGACCGACUCCCACACGUACCAGACCGACUCCAACACGUACCAGACCGACUCCCACACGUACCAGACCGACUCCCACACGUACCAGACCGACUCCCACACGUACCAGACCGACUCCCACACGUACCAGACCGACUCCCACACGUACCAGACCGACUCCCACACGUACCAGACCGACUCCCACACGUACCAGACCGACUCCCACACGUACCAGACCGACUCCCACACGUACCAGACCGACUCCCACACGUACCAGACCGACUCCCACACGUACCAGACCGACUCCCACACGUACCAGACCGACUCCCACACGUACCAGACCGACUCCCACACGUACCAGACCGACUCCCACACGUACCAGACCGACUCCCACACGUACCAGACCGACUCCCACACGUACCAGACCGACUCCCACACGUACCAGACCGACUCCCACACGUACCAGACCGACUCCCACACGUACCAGACCGACUCCCACACGUACCAGACCGACUCCCACACGUACCAGACCGACUCCCACACGUACCAGACCGACUCCCACACGUACCAGACCGACUCCCACACGUACCAGACCGACUCCCACACGUACCAGACCGACUCCCACACGUACCAGACCGACUCCCACACGUACCAGACCGACUCCCACACGUACCAGACCGACUCCCACACGUACCAGACCGACUCCCACACGUACCAGACCGACUCCCACACGUACCAGACCGACUCCCACACGUACCAGACCGACUCCCACACGUACCAGACCGACUCCCACACGUACCAGACCGACUCCCACACGUACCAGACCGACUCCCACACGUACCAGACCGACUCCCACACGUACCAGACCGACUCCCACACGUACCAGACCGACUCCCACACGUACCAGACCGACUCCAACACGUACCAGACCGACUCCAACACGUACCAGACCGACUCCCACACGUACCAGACCGACUCCCACACGUACCAGACCGACUCCAACACGUACCAGACCGACUCCCGCACGUACCAGACCGACUCCCACACGUACCAGACCGACUCCCCACGUACCAGACCGACUCCCACACGUACCAGACCGACUCCCCACGUACCAGACCGACUCCCACACGUACCAGACCGACUCCCACACGUACCAGACCGACUCCCACACGUACCAGACCGACUCACACGUGACGACUCCACGUACAACCGACUCCACACGUACGACCGACCCCGCACGUACCAGACCGACUCCCACUAG